AUGCUGAAUGAAGACGGUGACACUGUGAGUGAGAAGAAUGUGGACAUCGAGAAGGAUGUGGACAGCGAGAAGGAUGUGGACAGUAAGAAGAAUAUGGACAGCGAGAAAGGCUGUUCGCGAUUUUUCAAACCCAUCAGCCAGAUGCCCAUGAUUCAGCGAAGAUUGAUCGGCAUCUUUCUGUCCAUUGGCGCUGGUGCGUUUUUCGGAAAUAGCUUCGUUCCAACAAUUUACAUUCAAGGACGAUAUCCAAACGCAAGUCAACAGGGACUAGAUUAUGUGUUCUCCCACUUUGCUGGCAUCUGGCUCACCUCCACCACCUACUUUGUCAUCUACGCCUGCGUCAAACGUAAUCAGCCCUGGGUUCCAGCACCCAAUGCCAUCUUGCCGGCGUUUUUGAGUGGAAUUAUCUGGUCGGCAGGGCAGUCGGCCUGGUUUGUGGCGAACGCAGCCCUCGGCGAGCCAAUCACUUUUCCCAUCGUAACCACGGUGCCAGCACUCAUUGCCACGAUUUGUGGUCUGGUAUUCUUCAAGGAGAUCACAGUGAGUCUGCUGAGUCCAACCGGUUAUUUGAAGCUCAGUAUACCUUUUAUAUUAAUGCAUUUAAGUACUAGUAUUAAUCUGGGUGAGAAUAUAAUCCAUUGGGCAAAAUAA